CCAGACCCAAUAUCGUUUGUACCAUCCUCACUCCGAGCCCACCGAUGGCGAACUUAAGCACUGGAAACGGCCAGCGCUCACGAAGGAGCCAACCGACCGGAGCUCAGUGUCUCAUCAGAUGCCAAUGGUCAUGCUCGCAGGCCUAUGCGUCUUCAGGAGACCAGUCAGUCAUGAAAGAAGGGGCCGAUUUGAGCAUGUCUAGAAACAGCUCUGUGAGCCGUUGGCCCAGAUCGUUCGUGAAACAGCAGCACACGUAUGAUGGCUUCUAUGAGGCUCGUGAUACUUGGGAACACGGAAGACGCCAAACACCAAAUCCUGGUACUGUGUCCCAAGAAAGCGGAAAGCGCUGUGAGAAGCUACUAUGCAAUAGAUCUGGUCCAGUGGUUAUGUCGACCAGGGAAGUUGGGAUGCCUUGACUUCGAAGUUGUAGUUGUGGGCAAUUCACCGACUCCUUCUACUGCGACCGAUUCAUUCCAGGUCUACUGCUACCAAAAUUCUGCGAGGCAUAUGCGCAGCACACACGCUUGGGCGACGCGUAUCAAAGUUCAGCAGCUUGGAACAGAUCACUGUGCAGCAAUGGGAGGCUUUGUACGGACCGUGACCAACUCCGCCGAAGACACCAUUUACGGCCUGACUGUUGGUCACAUCCAUUCUAGUGGUGGUUCAGCUGACGAACACUCAUGUCAAGAGAAUUUGCUCAGCUCUACCUUCCGCUCGCCCAGGAACAUCGACCCUGUCCAAAUUGGCGCCACCUGGGAAAAGUUGCACAAUACAGUGGCUGGCUGCUCUGGCACCUGGGUAACCAAAAGGAUUCAACACCGAUGUCAAGUGUUUGGUCAUCUUGUUGCUAAAGAUCUCCAAGGAGAUCUUUGGGUGGUGCCCAUGAUCGAUAAUUUGGCGGACAUUGGAAGAGAGCUCGACGCUAGUCAGGUUGAGAUUCCAUCUCCAAACCAAGUGAUCGAACAUUUCUCGAGACCCGCAUCAGGUAUACAAGAGGCACCCGCAUCGACACAAGAUUCAGAAAACAUCUACUUCGACUUCGAUGGGCAUAUCAACACCAAUCUAAAGUUGGAAGACAUUAAGACUAAAGAUGAGCAAUCACAAGUCGCCGCACCAUCAAGCUCAUCGAACAGAGCCGGCCAAAACGCUUCUCAGCCUAGUGGUUCAUCUGGUAGGACUACUGAAUAUCGCUGGUAA